UAGUGAAUUUUUAUAAUCAUAUACGUAAGUCAUCUUUUUUUCCUCAAUUUAUGGGUCAAACUAGUUUUACAAAGUUUGCAGGUUAUGUAUACUAACUAUGAUACUUUGAAAAUUGUUGAUAUCUAGUGCAUAAAAUGUGGAAUGAGUGCAGUGGCAGUGAAUGAGUACUUAUUGGGACUCGGGCCUCGUUCCCAAAUAUAACGUUACUUUUGUAAGUGGUACUGUCGACGUGUUCUCAUGGAUAGUACGGUACUCGCAACAUACUUUUGAUUUUCGCAAUUUUCGGAGGGUUCCUACAUUAAAAUUGCGUUGUAAAAUUAGUUUCUUGGUUUGUUAUUAUUUUGUUUGUGAUGUAAUAGUACCGACUAUCACGUAUUUACGUGAGAAAGAAUUGGGUUGCGAUUUCUAGUGAUUUUGCAAUUAGUAACCUAUUUUUUCCUUUGGUCAUUGCCCUUGGAGAAUAACAAUAUUUGGUAUGCUUUUAAGUUAAUGGAAUCAACAGCUGCUGUAACAUUUAAAAGCGACUACAGGCGGUGAUCAUGGCUAACACUACUGCUGAGAAUGAAGCUGAUUCAGGCAGUGGUGUAGCGACGAGCCGCCUGCCACACAAAGACGAUGAUGUAGAUCAAAACGAAGCUGAUCGAGUGGUAACUGGUUCAAACAUGAACUUCGUGUCAGUCGAUACUAUAAAAUGUACCAAAUGUGAUUUUGAAGCUAGUACUCAAGCCCAAAUAACUGCUCACGUAACUAAGGUUCACACGACCAACGAAGCUACCGAAAUGGAGGUUGAAAACAACAACCCAUCGCCCGACAGAGUCCAUCGCAAAAUGUUCGAAUGCGAUGUCUGCAAAAUGAGAUUUUCCAACGGCGCAAAUAUGCGUCGCCACAAGAUGCGUCACACCGGAGUAAAGCCCUACGAAUGCCGAGUAUGUCAAAAAAGGUUCUUUAGAAAGGACCAUCUUGCUGAACACUUUACCACGCACACCAAAACCUUGCCGUUCCAUUGCCCGAUAUGUAAUAGAGGUUUCCAAAGACAGAUUGCCAUGAGAGCUCAUUUCCAAAACGAGCAUGUUGGUCAACAUGAUCUUGUCAAGUCUUGUCCGUUGUGUAGUUAUAGAGCUGGAUCUAUGAAGAGUCUAAGAAUACAUUUCUUUAAUAGACACGGAAUAGAUCUGGAUAAUCCAGGCCCAGCAGGUUCUCAAGCUUCUUUGAUCGCAGCUGCUGCUCAACAAGGUUUUGCUAUGGAUGGAACGCUUAAUUCUUUAAGUCAACUCACUAGUAGUCUAUCUGUAAGCGUAACAGGAGGAGCCAACUAUAGCGACUCUGGAGAUUCCACGGGGGCCCGAUCCACGGAUAAUGCCACUCCGCCUAUGCACUUUUUGACACCUCAUGUGGAAAUUUCCAUGACUGAUGCGCCCGUACCCGUUUUUCCACCAUCUCCGGGAGAUGCGCAAAACUCCAACCAACCAGUUCAAAGUGGCGAAUCUCGCAUGAACGGGGAAUGUCCAAACUCUCCCCAAUCUGCGGACUCAAACUCCAACGCUCCUUCUAGCAGUCAUAUACAGCCGAAUAGUUUGCGAAUUGACCAAGAAACCAACAUCACCCCGUCCAUAUCGCUUAUACCAAUUAAACAAGAACCUGGGGACGAUUACGAAAGCUCAAAGAGAAAUGGACCAGUAAAUCUCAGUACGGCAACCUCAGGUGGCAUUCAAAUGCAAUCAGCAACUUCAAGCAGCCUAAGUUCGUUAAUAAAGGUUUCACCUUUAAAAAGUCUUCUAAGGGACGAUCUCAAAAGAAAAAUCAUAUCAAGAAGUAAUUCUAGCACUAGAGGACGUUCUACAGCUUCACCAGGUGCUAACUCAGAGUCCCCCACCGACCCGGCAACUACUACAAAUGGUGCUAUAACUUCCACAGGUCUCGAACAGCCUUCAGAUUCUUCCCUCUGGAGUCGCAUGAGCAAAAGAGCGUUAAAUGGCCUUCAGUGCAUCUUUUGUGGAAUCGGAUUCCCUGACCAGACUCUCUAUUUUUUACACAAGGGCUGCCACUCUGAUGCCAACCCUUGGAAAUGUAACAUUUGUGGCGAACAAUGUUCAAAUGUUUAUGAAUUUAAUUCUCAUCUUCUAAGUAAGAGCCACCAAUAG